AUGAUCCGUUCUUCCCUAGCAGGUUUUGUGGCUGCUGGAUGUAUCGCCGUGGUUCAAGCGGCAUCAUCCUUAUCAGACGUGUGUACCGUCGCACAUGUUCAAGAUUCGCUGCCGGAUGAUGCUUUACUCGGAGUGACGAUUCAAAGCAGCACUGUAACUGCUGCUGCUGUAUACAACUACAAUGAUACUGGGUCGCCUUUUUUCCCUGAUACCGUUGUUAGCUUCUGCAAUGUGACAUUUGGUUAUAGUCAUAAUGGCAAGGAUGAUCAGGUUCUCGUUAACUACUUUUUGCCGGCGCCAGCCGAAUUCAAAAAGCGUUAUGUUUCACAAGGAGGCGGCGCACUUGACAUAUACUCCGGUACUGCAACAAUCGCUGGCGGCGUCCAAUACGGGGCAGUGAAUGGUGGAACAGACGGGGGCUUUGGAAGCUUUUCAGCCUCAUUUGAUGAAGUUGUACUCCUCGAUAAUGGUACGGUCAAUCUUGACAUUGUCAAUUUGUUCGGCUACCAGGCCCACUACGAGCUGGGUGUACUUGGCAGAGCUUUUACUCGUUUGUUUUAUGGAAUGUCUGAGCAGGAAAAGCUAUAUUCAUACUUCCAGGCUUGCUCAGAGGGUGGUCGUGAGGCUUUCAGCCAGCUUCAGCGGUAUGGGGACCUCUGGGAUGGCGCAUCAGUCGGUGCUCCAGCAUUUCGCUAUUCAUUUCAGCAAGUCCAACACUUAUUCUCAAAUGUGGUCGAAAAGACAAUUGGGUAUAACCCUCCUCUCUGUGAAAUGGCAACGAUCGUCAAUGCCACCAUCAACUAUUGUGACGGACUGGAUGGCAAGAAUGAUGGUGUGGUGGCCCGAACAGAUCUUUGCAAAUUGAAAUUUAACCUUGACACCCUUAUCGGUAAUAGCUACGAGUGCCCUGCCUCGGGUAGCGCCCCGGCUCAAAAGGGCAAUAUUACGGAAAAGGGUGUUGAGGUUGCGAAGGAAAUCAUUAAUGGCUUGCAUGAUUCCAAGGGACGCCGAGUGUACAUUUCUUACCAGCCAACGGCCGACUUCCACGAUGCUCAGACGACAUAUAACUCUGAGACUGACUCAUGGGACAUCUCCAUUGUUGGACUUGGCGGGGAAUUUGUGACCCAGUUGCUCCAGAAUCUCGAUAUCGAGAACCUCCCAAGCCUUGAGGGUGUCACGUACGAUACUCUCAAAUACUGGAUGAUCGAGGGCAUGCAGAGAUAUCAGGAUACCUUGCAGGUCAAUUGGCCCGAUCUCACUCCAUUCCAAGCCAGUGGAGGGAAGCUUAUCCACUUCCACGGCGAAUCCGACAGUAGCGUCCCCACUGCCUCCUCAGUUCGAUACUGGGAGUCCGUUCGGAAUACUAUGUACCCUGACCUGGAUUAUGCUAAUAGUACCGCUGCAAUCAAAGACUGGUACCGCCUUUACCUUGUGCCCGGUGCUGCGCAUUGCGAUUGGAACGAUGAGCAACCCAACGGGCCAUGGCCACAGACAGGCCUACAGACAAUCAUCGACUGGGUUGAAAACAACAUUGAGCCGGUCAGACUGAAUGGAACUGUGGGAGCGGGCGAUAAUGCGGGACAGAUCAUGGAAAUUUGCGCAUGGCCGCUUCGACCUUAUUGGACCAAUGACGGGAAGAAUCUAGAGUGCGAGUAUGACCAGGCUUCUAUAGAUACAUGGUUGUACGAAUUCGAUGGUGUCCCUGUUCCGGUCUAUUAG